AUGGGAACGGUGGAUAUGGAUUGGGAUGUGGUGAAUGAGGUGGCAACAACGUGUGGUACCGACAGGCGCACAACUUCCCGUGUCAUCAGUCUCUUCAACUCUGGUAACACUCUCCCCUUCAUUGCACGCUAUCGUAAGGAGGCGACAGGAAAUCUGGAUCCUGAUGCUCUGCGCGCUAUUAAGAACAAGCUAUCGCAAUGCAAGGAAGUAAUUGAGAAGGUGGAUCAUGCCUAUACCCACCUCUCCGCCAAGGGCCUCAUGACAGAUGACUUGAUGGCCAGUCUGCGUCAAUGCAGAACAACAAGUGAUGUUGCCCUGAUAACUGAGCCCUUUAAGGACUCCGCUCCAAAGUCACUUGCUGCGAGAGCACGUGCGGCGGGACUGGAACCUGUGGCUUGUGCUGUUUUUCGACUCCACAAGAGUGUGGACUUUGGUACUGCUCUUGCCGGUAUGACUGCUGCUGAGGUGGAGGCAGGAGUGUUGAAUAUCAUGGCGGAGUCGAUUUGCAAGGACUUUGACGUCUUGAGGACUGCAGAACAUCUUUGCUUUCAGGUUCCUCCCACCAUCAUAACCACUCGGACGACGCAAAACCGUUCAUCUCCCUCAAAUUUCAACCUUGAGAAGGAUCUAGUCACUUUCAAGGCCUUCUUCGACUUCACCAUGGCUUUCAACCGUAUUCCGCCUCACAAAGUGUUGGCGAUCAAUCGUGCAGAGGAACGCAAGAUCAUCCGUGUAAAGGUGGAGUUUUCUGCUGUCUUGAUUGGGCGGAUACGUGACGCUGUUGGGCAGCGAUUCCUGCUCAACAUACAUCCCUCACAUCACAAACUCUUUUGGGCUGCCUUUGAGGACGGCUGGAAGCGACUCAUGAAACCUUGCCUCACACGCAAACUCCGGUCGCGCAUCACUUCUGUCGCACAGGAGGUCUCCCUUAACGUCUUCGCAGACAAUCUGCGCCGUAUUCUCAUGACUGCGCCUUUGCGCAACGCUCCAUUGCUCUCUGCAGGCGAUCUCAACGCUACUGCCUCUUCCUUAUCAUCGAAUCCCCGAGGGCGACAGCGACGUCGGCUCUCACCCGAUGUCAUCUCUGCCAGUCUUGGUGCCCCCGGUGACCGGCUCCCCGUCCUCGGCAUGGAUCCUGGCUGGCGCUAUGGUACCAAAUGGGCAGCUUGUGAUCCCCUUGGUGAUGUUCUUGCGACUGGUGUCAUUCAUGUAACUUUGGAUCAGGAUAAUCGAAAUCAUAAAUAUCACGGUGGUCAUACCAAUAAAUACAACAGUGAUGAAGUUCAGACGCUUGUUCGUGCUAUGCGAGAUCACGGAAUUUACACAAUUGCCUUGGGUAAUGGGCAAGCCUGUAGACAAACUGAGCGUUGGUUGACACAAGCAGUUUCCGAUGGUCUGUUCUUACCACUGGAAGUGCGCUACGCUAUUGUGAACGAGGCGGGUGCCUCUACCUACUCCACCUCGCCGCUAGCUGCUGCCGAAUUGCCUGGGCUCGACGUGACACUUCGGGGAGCAGUAUCUAUUGCGAGACGACUACAGGACCCCUUGGCGGAGAUGGUGAAGGUGGCACCCCAGCACCUAGGCGUAGGCAUGUAUCAGCACGACCUCCCCUUGCGUCGACUUCAGGCGGUGGUGGAAGGCGCGAUGGAAGAAUGCAUCUCCUUCGUCGGCGUCGAUGUUAACACGGCUCAGUUGCAUGUUCUGGCGCGCGUCGCAGGUCUGUCCCGCAUUAAGGCCCAGGAGAUUAUCAACUAUCGCAUGCUUCAUGGGCGAUUCCGGUGUCGCAAUGAGCUACGCAAGGUGCGAGGUAUUGGACCCAGCACCUUCGCACAGUGCGCUGGCUUUUUAAGGGUCAAGCCGGAGUUUUCCAUAAAUACAAUGGACUCCUCCAGGGACGUCGAAUUCAUUUCCCUCUGUACCGAUGACGAAGGCGAAGAUACUGCAGCUGAUGGGGGGAACGAUGAUGUGGAGAUGAAGGUUAUUUCUACCAGUAGGAAGCGCAGCCGUCUCGUUACUAUGGACACGUCCCCCAUCACUAAGGUCCCACGAAUUCGGCAGCCCCAACCAGAUCCCGACGAUUUCUCUUUCAAUCCCCUUGACCAAACUGCUAUUCAUCCUGCCUCCUACCACUUACACCUCUCAGUUGCGUUACCUGUUGCCGCAUCUAUCCCUUACAGCCUCAUUCAUCAUUUUAAGUACGAGAUCAGUGAUGUGGGUAGCAUGGCUCUCCGCAACAGAGCCAAAGCUCUUUUCGCUUCGCCCAACCGCGACGCGAUAUUGACUCAGUUCACUACGGAGGAGUUUGGGUUGGAGACAGUGCGAGACAUUCUUGACGCCCUUUGUCGUCCUUUAGACUUCGAUGAACGGGAAGAUCGUUUUGCGCCGAUGUUUCGCUCCUCCGUGAUGUCCAUAGCUAACCUACAACCGGGUGUGGAGGUGACUGGUCGUGUAGAUAAUGUGACCACUUUCGGUGCCUUUGUGGACAUCGGGGUAGAGGAGGCAGCUCUUGUCCCUCUCCGACACUUUCCCCCUCUCUCUUCCUCCAAUCUGACUAUCAGAAGCUCGAAUUUCACUAGUCUUGGCGGCAUCUGUGGAGGUAGCGAGUGCAGCGUCCUCCAGAAACUGAGUCUCCAACUAGGAGAUCGGAUCAGGGCUAAGGUGGAUACAGUGUGUGUAAAAACCAAACGCAUUAAUCUUCGAGACGUUCGCCUAAUCCUGCGAUAA